AUGGUGAAGGAGCGCGGGUUCAACCCUGUCCAGGCCCAGCGCAAAGCUGAGAAGGCCAAAGCAAUCAAGAAAGGGAAGUCGGAGCAACAGGCACGAAGAAACGAGAAGCUAGCUCAGCGCAACCCGGCCAGGAUACAACAGCAGAUCGACGAUCUCAGAGAACGAAAGGAAAACGGAGGCAAACUCGGUGCGCACGAGGAGCAAGCACUCGAAGCUCUAGAGAAGGACUUGAAGGCGGUGAAGAAAGCGAGAGAAGCACUCGGGGAUCAAGCACCGCAGUUUGGGCGCGGGCCACAAAGACAAGGGCCCGGGGGUGACGGUGUGCUAGGAAAAAGGAGACGGGAUGCCGAAGACGCCUCGAGCAGCGAUAGCGAUGUCCCCGACGAUGUCAAGAGGAUCCCUAUGCCACGAGACACCCCGCCUCCAAUUCCAAAGGAAAUACUAGACGAAUGGUACGCGAAGCGACGGGCAAAGAGAAACGCCGGACGGGCACCGCCUGAGACUCAACAACAUCAGGAACGGGAGGAAGUUAGAAAUCCCGCUGCGCCCAUCGUUGAAGCUAAGACAGUGUACGAGGCCAAGCCGGUUGUCAGGGACCUUCGGAAGGAGGCUGUCAGCGCUUUCAUGCCUGCAGCGGUCAGGGUGAAAAUCGAGAAGGGGAAGGGCCAAGGUGGGCUCUUGGAGCCGGAGGAGGCUGACCAGCUAGAGAGCGAAGGUUAUAUGCGUGCUUCUGAAGCAACUGGGCAGUUGCCCGAGCAGCCGCAGCCGAACCAACUAGACUCGGGUCGUCGUGGAGUGACGAUGGAAGAAGUCGAGGACGAAGAAAACUGA